AUGGAGAAGCUGAAGGAACUAUGUUCACUGAUUGGGCACAUCCGUCAAGGACUGGCUGACUGGAGACUGUAUCAACGAUAUCCAGACCAUCCGAGGCUCAGGGAACUUAAUGUAUUGCGAGUUCCGAUAUUGACGGACUUCCUCUGGAUGCUGCAGCGAUUCCAUGCUUUCGACUGCACAAAAGCCAAUGACAGACUCCACGCUAUUGCAAGCCUGUGGAAGAGUACUCAAGCGGCCGAAGUCUUCAACAUAUCUUCCGACUACACUCUCUCAUGCGAGCAGCUGUAUACACAGUUUGCUCAUCGCUUCAUCACGGCACAUCUGCCGAGGACCCAGGCCAUCAGCCAACUCUUGAGUAUCGCAGCAGAUCAAGCAGGUAGCGGCACUAGGGAGAACCGCGAGCCUGUGCCUUCCUGGGUGGUCGAUUGGCGACUGCAACCCGCGUUGAACAUCAGUCUGGACGAAGUUUUCGGCGAUGUCAAUCUGCGGCACUCCGAACCAUCUGACGCAUCGGAAAUUAUCCUAGCCACGCGAUGCUAUGGCACAGUCGUCGAAGCCCAUGGCCACUAUCGCGACUGGACUUUGCUGACGGAACGCGGUCUGGUUAUGCCAUGUUCCGAAGGAAAUCUUUCUGAUGAUGAGUACGUCACUUCAUUGAGCCAGCUUUGCACCAGACUAGACCCCGGAGACAUUCUGUGCCAGCCAUACGCGCAGUAUCGUGGAAGACUCGGUCAUGUGGCUGACGCAGGCAUCGUCCUGAGACCUUGCAAGACACAACCACACACGGUGAGAAUUGCUGGCCGCUUCCCCUUGGACCUCUGGUUCAAUGGGGCCACUGGAAUAAACAGAGACACCGCUAGCAUACCGUCCACCGCCAUCACCGUCUGCAUCGUGUGA